CAGGCAGAGAGCCUUUCCAACAUGGCGGCGGCGAGCAACGCAGAGCCUACGCAUUUGCAAGAGAUGGAAGACGACGACGACGCGGAGGAGAUGGACGAGCAGGGAAUGGACUCGGAGAGCGACGGCGAGGAGGAGGGCAUGGGGGUGGACGACUCGGACGACGAAGAGGACGACACGUCGGAGGACGAGAAGGAAAACGAAGCGGAAAUCCAGCGACUGGAGGAGCAGCUCUCGAUCAACGCCUUUGACUACAACUGCCACGUCGAUCUCAUCAAACUCCUGAAGCACGAGGGGGAGCUUCUCCAUCUGCGAAAGGCCAGACAGAAGAUGAGCGAACUUUUUCCUCUCACAGAAGAGAUCUGGCUCGACUGGCUCAAGGACGAAAUCCGCCUGACCGAAGAAGAACCCAACCGAGAAAAAGUCAUUGAACUUUUCGAGAGGGCGAUAAAGGACUACAUUUGCCCGGACAUCUGGCUCGAGUACGCCCAGUACUCGAUCGGCGGCAUGGGCUCGCCCGGUGGCAUCGAAAGGGUGAGAUCUGUCUUCGAGAGGGCCAUCACAGCUGUCGGGCUUCACAUGACCAAGGGGCAAAUGGUGUGGGAGGCCUACCGAGAAUUUGAGAACGCCAUCCUGGCCACGGUGCAGCCUCCUCCUGGCAAGAUUCCCAGCCACGAUGAGCAAGAGCUGCUGAACAAGCAGCUUCAGCGCAUCCAUGCGCUGUUUCGCCGCCAGCUGGCCAUCCCCUUAAUGGACAUGGAGGCCACUUACGCAGAGUACGAGGAAUGGUCCGACCACGGGCCACCCGAGGAGGUCUUGCAUCGGUACAAAAAUGCUCUGCAGCAGCGGGAGAAGUACAAGCCUUUUGAAGAGUCACUACUGGUGGCAGAGACGCCGAAACUGGCCGAGUACCAGGCCUACAUCGACUUUGAAAUGAAGGAAGGGGACCCGGCCCGGAUUCAGAUGACGUUUGAACGGACUCUGGUCGAGAACUGCUUGGUGCCAGACAUGUGGACCAAAUACACCACAUACCUUGACCGUCAGCUGAAAAUCAAAGAUCUGGUUCUCUCCACUCACGAUCGUGCUGUCCGAAACUGCCCGUGGACUAUGGGUCUGUGGAAGAGUUACUUGCAAGCCGUAGAGAGGCACGGGGGCACUCAUCAAACCGUUUCAGAUUUGUUUGAAAAGGGGCUGAACGCGGGGUUCAUUCAAGCUACGGAUUAUGUGGAGAUCUGGCAGGUGUACCUGGACUACCUGAGGAGGCGUGUGGAUUUCAGCCAAGAGUCCAGUCAAGAGUUGGAGGAGCUACGAGGAUCUUUCACCCGAUGUCUGGACUACAUGAAGCAAGAUGUUGAAGAACGCUUUGGGGAAAGUGGAGACCCUUCCUGUAACAUAAUGCAGAUCUGGGCAAGGAUAGAGGCCUUGCAUUGUAAAAACAUGCAAAAAGCCAGAGAAUUGUGGGACAGCAUCAUGACAAAAGGGAACGCCAAGUACGCCAACAUGUGGCUGGAAUACUACAACCUCGAAAGAGCUCAUGGGGAUUCUGUCCAUUGUCGGAAAGCCCUUCACAGAGCGGUGCAGUGCACCUCCGACUACCCGGAACACGUAUGUGAGGUCCUGCUCACCUUUGAGAGAGUGGAAGGCUCUUUGGAGGACUGGGAUGUGGCAGUCCAGAAGACAGAGACGCGUCUGAACAGGGUUAAUGAGCAACGGGCAAAGGUGGCAGAGAAAGAAGCCAUCCAGGCUCUACAGGAGGAGGAACAAUUUGAGCAGAGGCGGAAAGCCAAGGCGGACAAGAAGUCUCAGAAGAAAGUUCAGAAGGGCGCUCGCUUUGGCGAGAAGAGGAAAGCGGAUCACGGCCUUGAUCGAGAGGAGUGGAAGGACCAUACAGAACAAGCUCCGAAGCGACACAAAGGAAAUGGUGAGCAGAGCAAAGAAGAGUACAUGGAGACCGAGACGGGACCUUUUGGGAAGAAGGCGCCUCCCGGCUCAAAAGGUUCUGCGCCCGGAUUCAACAAAGUCCAGCAGGCCAGUGCACAGAAGCAAAGCGAUGAUAAAAGCGAGCUUCGGAACAACGAAAACAGCGUGUUUGUUAGCAACCUGUCGUACACCCUGGAGGAGCCCGAGGCCAGACUCAGGACGGUCUUCGAGACGUGCGGACCCGUCAAACAGAUCCGCCUCGUCUCCAGCAACAAAGGGACCUUCAAGGGCUUCGGAUACGUGCAGUUUGAAAGCGCCUCGUCGGUCACGGAGGCCCUCAAACUGGACAGACGGGACGUGGAGGGCAGGCCCAUGUAUGUGUCACCGUGUGUAGACAAGAACAAGAAUCCAGACUUUAAGGUGUUCAGGUACAACACAUCCAUGGAGAAACACAAAAUCUUCAUCUCCGGGCUGCCGUUUUCCUGCACCAAAGAGCAACUGGAAGAGAUCAGCAAGCGUCACGGCGCCAUUAAAGACGUCCGUCUCGUGACCUUUCGCUCAGGAAAGCCCAAGGGUUUGGCAUACGUCGAGUUUGCAGAUGAAGCCCAAGCGUCUCAGGCAGUCUUGAAAAUGGACGGCAUGGACGUAGAGGGGAACAAAAUCUCCGUUGCCAUUAGCAACCCUCCUCGCAGAAACGCGAGCAAGCCCGGUCCCAGUCAGCCCACGGCGAACCCGGCGCCUCACCACGCCCACGGCGCGAGAGGGAGAGGACGCACACAAGUGUCAUUGCUCCCUCGCUCUUUGAACCGCCAAAGCGGGCCGGCGAGGAAAGUGGAGAACGGGUCCGCGUCGGAGGACGGCGCCGGAGACGCCAGGCCGCUGUCCAACGCGGACUUUGCGAAGAUGCUUCUGAAGAAGUAAGUGAAAAGGGGACGCCGGCCGGAAGCCGUCACGCGAUCCCGUCAGGAGUGUUUUCCGACUUGGGACUUUCCGCAAACGUCAGCCUUCUCGUCGUCGUCGCGAGGUCGCCUUAACUGCAGAGCCGUUGCCCUCCACCAGCCCCCCCUUCAACCGAGAACACCUUUGACCCCCCCCCCCGGUCACGUUUUACUUUUCCUUCUCUGGCCGUGCUUAAAUGUUGCCGUCGGGUUUUACUAAAUAAGUGUAAAGUACAUGUGUGUAAAUAUGUUUGGAAAACUUGACAUCUACCCCCCCCCCGGAGUUCUACCUUUUAUUAUUUCAGCGGGAUAUUGGACUGGCAACCCUGUGAUAAAAAGUCUGUACAAUAGUCCGUCUACACAUACAAAAUAAAUACAUAACUAUCAGCUGUCUGUUAACAGAAUUGUGCACAAAUAUUUUUUUUUGUUCGAAAUUAUGGCUAAAAUGACAAUUUCAACAGAUGUAUAAAUCAGUCCAACAGUCUCCUUUAAGGAAUUUCAAUGUGAUCCCCUCGUGUCGGGCAAAUAUUUUUGUUCAUUUUAAAAUUUAAGUCUGAGCCAUGAUAAAUUUUAGUGACUG